AAGCUACUUUUUAUUUGAUCCAAAAAAAAAAAAACUUUCUUUAGGUAUCAUUCAUGUUAUUCUAAAAUUGUCCAGAUUGGAACCAAAAGAAUCUCAGCUCGGAUUGGUUUCCUAUCGGUGUUUUCUAGCUCAAUACUUGACAGAAAGAAAAACAGAACACCAAAUCCGAUGUCCUUGAAUCCGAGCUUUAAACAAGAUCGAAGUUCUGAUCCAACAAAGAGGCAUGAGAUUGAGAAAGAAACUAGUGCUUCGAGGAAGCUAGAAGAGAAUAAUUCAAAGUCAAUUCAAGAUCCUGAGGAAAUGCAGGCACUUUACUCGAGAGUGAGAUCACAAGAAGAAGAGAUUCACAAUCUCCAGGAACAGAUUGCUGCUGCUUGUUUGAAGGAUAUGCAGCUGCUCAAUGAGAAGUGUGGGUUAGAGAGAAAAUGUGCUGAUCUUCGAGUGGCUAUUGAUGAGAAGCAAAACGAGUCUGUUACAUCGGCUUUGAAUGAGUUAGCUCGUAGAAAAGGUGAUCUUGAAGAAAACUUGAAGCUGGCACAUGAUUUAAAGGUUACAGAAGAUGAGAGGUAUAUUUUCAUGACCUCCUUACUUGGUUUAUUAGCCGAGUAUGGCGUUUGGCCUCGUGUUGCAAAUGCUACUGCUAUAUCCACAGGCAUAAAGCACUUGCAUGAUCAGCUGCAAUGGAAGAUUAAAGCUUGCAAUGAUAGGAUUAGGGAAAUGUCAUCAGGAACAGAGUUUACUAGUAAAGACAACAACAACCAUGAUCCGAGGAUUUCGAAAGGUCAAGCUUCUUAUGGAUCCACGGAUCAUGGUACUAAUGAUUACCGGGUCAAUGAACAGCUAAUGCCACCAAUGGACAAUGUUACUAGAAACCCUUAUCAGAACCUUCCGCAAGACACUGAAAGCUUGAGGUUUCAUAAUCAGGCACAGCAGCCGAAAAGGGAGAGUUUUGGAUAUCCUCUAAGUAGCGUGGCGGGGAAGGAAAUGAUUAGAGAGAGAGAAGAGAAAGCUGAGAGUUCUCCCAUGUUUGAUCCUUUUAACAGGAAUGAAGAAUACGCUUCUCAUGUUUAUGAAGAGGGACCUGGAAUCGAUGGGUUUCAGAUUAUUGGAGAAGCAAUACCUGGAGAGAAAGUUCUUGGCUGCGGGUUUCCAGUACGAGGAACCACACUCUGUAUGUUUCAGUGGGUUAGGCAUCUUGAAGAUGGUACAAGACAAUACAUUGACGGAGCCACACAUCCAGAGUAUAUAGUAACUGCAGAUGAUGUAGACAAACUGAUUGCUGUUGAGUGUAUUCCAAUGGAUGAUCAAGGCCGUCAGGGUGAAUUAGUGAGGCUGUUUGCUAAUGAUCAAAACAAGAUUAGAUGUGAUGCAGAGAUGCAAACAGAAAUUGACACGUAUAUAUCCAGAGGUCAAGCAAGCUUUAAUGUGCAUCUUCUUGUGGAUUCAACAGAGAGUUGGGAGCCUGCGAGUGUUAUUUUGAAGAGGUCUAGUUACCAGAUUAAAACGAAUAACGGAGAAGCUGUAGUGAUCUCAGAGAAAUACUCAAAGGAGCUCCUGAUAAAAGUACCGUGUGGAGAGUCAACACAGUUUGUUCUGAUAAGUUAUGAUGGAUCUUCACAUCCUAUAAGCACUCUCAACGUUCGCAUGCGUGAUACGCUAGUCUUGACGAUGAGAAUGCUUCAAAGCAAGGCACUGGACGAACGCAGAAAAGGACGAGUUUAGAGUUAGUGUGGCUACUGACACUA